UAUAAUAAAGGAAUUUUUAUAAGGCUCUGUUUUCUACUCUAACAAAAUAAUAAAAUUUUAUUACUCCAAUGACGUAAAUAAUAAACAGCCAUAUACUGUCAUUCUGUUUGUUUCCACGUCAGUAAAGUAAACGCCAACAAAUUUUUGGCUAAAAUCUUAUAAAUAUCGGUUCCGAAACAUUUUCAAAAUAAAAACACUUCAUUUGCCUUCAUCACUAGCUGAGCCGAUUAAAAAAUAGUUGAAAAAACGAAACGUCGACGUAUGGUUGUCGGUCUUCAUUUGAGCAUAUUUUAUUGCUAAAUUUACUUAUGUACUAGUAUUAUUUUGUUGUAUUGGUUUUGUGCUAUAAAUACAAAAUGGGUCUCACAAUAUCUAGUGUCUUUACAAGGCUCUUCGGAAAGAAACAAAUGCGUAUACUUAUGGUUGGGCUUGACGCCGCUGGUAAAACCACUAUACUAUAUAAGUUAAAGCUAGGUGAGAUAGUCACCACAAUACCGACUAUUGGCUUCAACGUUGAGACUGUGGAGUACAAAAACAUCAGCUUUACGGUGUGGGACGUCGGCGGCCAAGACAAGAUCAGGCCACUAUGGCGCCAUUACUACCAAAAUACGCAAGGACUCAUCUUUGUCGUAGACUCCAGUGAUACCAAGAGAAUAGCAGAAGCUGAAAAUGAACUUGCAAAUAUGCUAAAAGAAGAUGAAUUGAAUGAAGCAGUAAUCCUGGUAUUUGCAAACAAACAAGACAUGCCAAAUGCUAUGACUGCAGCUGAGCUUACAAAUGCUCUCAACCUAAACAACCUGAGAAACCGCCGUUGGUACAUUCAGGCGACAUGUGCAACACAAGGACAAGGUCUCUAUGAGGGCCUUGACUGGCUCUCAAAUGAACUAGCAAAGAAGUGAGAUGCGUCAUAGUUGGUGGUCACAGGGAAUCCGUACAGGUCACAUUCCCAUCUAAAACAACUCCUAACAUCAUGAUGUUGACAAGAGACUAUGAAACUUAAGUAAUUUAUAUUUAAUUAUAUAUUAAUUAGGUUGAUAGGGUCUAUUUUCAUCCAUAUAUAAGAUAACUUGAAAGUUGAUCAUAAUGCAUAAGUAUUAGAUUUUGGGUUUUUUGUUUGAAAUUUAUUUUUAUUUAUAAGAUAAUUAUUAUUUACUUUUUAUUCAUUCCAUAUUUCUUUUGAAAAGUGCAGGCCCAUUAUAUCUAGUUAAUGGUUAACUAUUGUAUUCAUUAAAUAUAUUAAAUUCACUUAUACUGUCCUGUGUUAUUUAUAGAGUGAUAGUAAUUCAUGUAUUUUGUAAACUGAUUGCAUUGUAAUGCAUUUCUGAUAUUUAAAAAUAAACAGCACAAGUAUUUGCAGCAUGUUUCUAAUAAAUUUACAAAGUUCAUAGCCUUUAGAUAUUUUAACCCUUGAAAUAUAAUUACCUGCUAAAAGUAAUGCUAUGAACAAUUGUUACGAAUAUAUGAGUUCUUUUCUUUAUAAACUAAUAUAGAAAUAGGUGAUUACACUAAUAAUUAGUUAAAAAUGUAAUUUCCUUAUUCAUCUUCAGAAAAAGAAUAUUUUAAUAGUGACAAUAAUAGUUCACACAUAUUUACCAUAAAAUAAAUAAUCACUGGAAUAUAGUAUAAUUCUUCUUUGUUGAAUUGAAAUUAAUUUGAUGCCAACUAAAUAAUGAAGCUAUAUUAAGCACGUUUCUCUAAUGUUUUUCAAUUAUGAAUAAGUUAAAAAAGAUUGUGUAAUAGAAAUGCAUUUUGUAUUAGUGAGAAGUUGUCACUGUCAAUGUAUAACCAAAUAUAUAUGUAAAAUGUAAGACUCUGUUAGAUUGGUAUAUUAUGUUCUGAUUGAUAAAGCUAAAUGUCUCCUUUUGGAUUCAAUUUCAUAUUUUCACUUUGUGAAAAAUGGCAGCAGUCAAGUGAUUACUAUAUUCAGGUAUUAGUAGCCAUCUGGUAGACUCUUUAAUUACUUUGUAAGAUUACAUAUAAUGAAUAUGAUGUACAUAAUGUGUAAAAUGUCCAAUUGGCCAAACAUUUAAUUAUAACGUAAUUAUACAUUUAUAUCUGUUUCAUUAUUUCAUGCUUUGGAAAUGCAUUGGCGGAAUGAUAGUGGCAAAUAAAAGUUAGCUAUAAUUA